GCUCCAUCAAACACGAUUCACAUUCAAGAUCAAAAGAUUUGAGUCGGCCCGGCCGACAUGGCGUUCAUUUUGUCUUCUCAUAUACAAGCUAAUGGCAGCGCCAGCGUCUGUCGCCCCCCACCCUCACUCAGUUUCAUACUCGACGGCCUUAAACUCGCUGAUGGGAGGGCAUGAUUUUGGUAGUCAACACUGUGAACAACUUCUGAACUGACCAAACCAAACAUAUCUUUCAAAGUUGUAGAAUAAAAAAAGAUGAGUGUUAUCGAAACACUGGACCAAAGUACCAAAAUAUGUGGUCAGUUUAAGGGCUGAAUCUUGGCGGACGGAAGGAUGAGGUGACGCUUGCACAGGGAUGCUAUGCAAAGUGCUUUGUGUUGUCCCCAAAUAUGACGUUUACACUGGAGGGAUGAUGGUUGCAAUAAGCCAAGCAUUUUGUUUCGUCUCCAUCCAUCGUCGUAAAAUGUGCAAUUGGAUAUAUUUUUUUCGAUCGUUUGUGUGUCGACACGCGCAAUCAAACUAGCACUUGUCAGAGAGUAGCAAAGUGAUGCUCACUCUUCUAGUUCUGCAGGCGUGCAAUAUGUUCCGCAAUGUCCAUUCAAGUGCCAGUGUUUUCAUUUAGUCAGCUGUUUGGAUUUGCAGGUGAAAUGUAUGAUAAUAUGCAAACCUUCAGUGCCCAGGUCCAGUCCGACUGAGCACCUUUGUUUGUGUGUCAGAGCAGGAUGCGGCUUCGUGUCCAGGUCCUGUUUGUUGUCUUGUUGAAAUGAUAGUUUUGGGUCUUAGAUGUUAAUGGCGUAGGUAACCCUGAGGUACAGCGAGUUCACCUUAUCUCAACAUGCAGUAUAGUUUCAAGCAUCCUAUUGUCAAAUGACCAAUCAUUUUUUUUUAAAUGUUCCUGAAUAGCUUUUCGAUAUGCCUCAAGUUUAUCGUCUUAUUUAUCAUAUUAUUUAUUUUGUAUUUAUUAUUUUUCUAUUUUGUUAAAGUUUUAUAUGCUGUUGUGAUUUACGCGUCUCCUCUGAGAAAUGUUCAUUCCCUGUCGUGCAGUUUUUGUGCUUUCAAGUGUUUCAUUGAGUCUGCGAUUCCGCAUCGGAGCCACGCUGAGGGAACAGUACUCUAAAUAAGCGAUAUAAAAGUCGCAAUUUAAAAGCAUCGCUCCCAUAUGUGGCGAAAUGCGGCGUCGCGGGUGCCAUCCAUGACAUACUUACUGUGGAACACCGAUGCAUAAAAAGAAUAUAUUGCUGUCAUGAAAUAAAAAGAAUGAAAACAUGUGUUGUGCCGCGUCAUCUACGCUAAACAAAACAACGGUCCUGAUUGGCCAGUGUAAGCCAGUCAAAUUGGUUCCGCCGUUUGGCCAAUCGCAGUGCAGCUACGUCACCAGUCUCAUAUAAACAGGAAGUCAUCUGAAAGUUGGCACCGAUCACUGACGAAGCGGCGUUAGCAGAUUUUCUUCGUCUUAAUUCCGCAAAAUGAUCGUUCAUUCAUGAAGCUGCUAUGGCCCUAUGGAGAAUUUUUUCACAGCCAGUUUUGGUCGAGUCCUGCUGCUAUGAACCCCAGUACCUCCACCGCCUGCGGCGAGGACCAGCCUUCGGAUGAGGACCAUCUGGACGACUGGCUCUACCUGUCCUCAUCCAGCGUACAGUGUCCCGAGGCUGGCAGGGACCAGCCGGAGGCGCAGGAUGGAAGUAAACUCAGAUCAAAGUUCAUGUCGGCGUGGAACAGUGUGAAAUACGGCUGGACCUUCAAGCAGAAGUCCCACUUCAGCAAAAGCUCUCCCGUGGUUGUUCUGGGAAACGUGUACCAUCUCAAGGACUCAAGUGAAAGAGACUGUUUCUAUCGCUGCUUCGAGUCGCUGCUCUGGUUGACCUACAGGAGAGGCUUCUCGCCGCUGGUCGGCUCUAGUCUGACCAGCGACAGCGGCUGGGGGUGUCUUCUACGCACAGGGCAGAUGAUGCUGGCGCAGGCGCUGCUUUUGCAUUUGAUGCCACCAGGCUGGAGCUGGUCGCCGUGCCAUCACGUGGUCAAGGACGACAUGGAUCUCCCUGAAACCCGAUCCCAGCCCAUCAGCACCGACGACACGCACAGUUUUAGAACCAGAGGGAGCGGGAAGAAGAGUCGGACGCUGAGCUUGGGCUCACUUCUGGACAGUCGCAUGGAGUCCACGCACAGAAGAGCCGUGUCCUGGUUCGCCGACCGCCCGGAGGCGCCGUUUGGGAUUCAUCAGCUGGUGGAGCUGGGGAAGAGCUCCGGGAAGAGGGCGGGGGACUGGUACGGACCCUCCAUCGUGGCACACAUCCUUGAGAAAGCCGUGUCAGUGACCUCUGACCUCCCUAAUCUGGUCGUCUACGUUGCACAAGACUGCACCAUCUACAAAGGCGACGUGAGGCGCGCGUGUGAGCGCCCCGCCUUCUCUUCCUCCGUCCAGCACUGGAAGUCUGUCGUUCUUCUGGUUCCGGUUCGACUUGGAGGACAGGAGCUCAACCCCGCCUACAUCGCCUGUGUCAAAAAACUCUUGAGAUUGCAGUGCUGCAUCGGAAUCAUUGGGGGGAAACCCAGACACUCCCUGUUCUUCGUCGGCUUCCAAGGUGACCAUCUGCUGUACCUGGACCCGCACUACUGCCAGCCCACCGUGGACACCACCAAGGACGGCUUCCCCUUAGAGUCCUUUCACUGCAAACACCCCAGAAAGAUGCCCAUCUCUCGCAUGGAUCCCAGCUGCACCAUCGGCUUCUACGCCACGGGACAGAGGGACUUUGAGUCGCUCUGCAGGGCCGUCAGCGAGGCCGUGUCCACGUCUGCUGAGACGUACCCCAUGUUUAUAUUCGCUGACGGACACAACCAGGAGGACGAGGAGGGCGAGACACGCACCAACGUCACCUACAUCCAGAGGAAGCCGGGCCGCAGGAGGGUGGACACGUGCAACAGCCUGGACGAGUUCGUGCUGCUGUGACCUGCCGCUGCUUUUAUCCAGUCCUUUUACAGCAAACACUGGACCCUGGAGGUUUUCAGAAGCUCCGAACAGAGGCAUGCUUUGUCAUGUGACCGGUGGAACCAUGUGACCUGCACGGGAAUCUCUGCACAACCGCUUGUUGGAGUGUGAUGAAGACUGUUAAGCUGAUGAACCAUAAUAAGGUUGUUUGUACAGUCUCUUAUGAUAACUGCUAUUAUACUUUAAAGCAGAUGAAGAAUAUUACAAUAUUUAUAUUCUAUUUAUGUGCUUUUUCUCUUCUUAUGAGACUAUUUUUCUGCUGUUGUUCGAGGUCUGUCUCUAUGUUGCUUGAGUAAAAAAGUAUUUCCAGCAAUUCCUCCGAUUACUAUCCUGUCAUUGUUUUCAGUUAUUUACUUUAGGUAAAGUGAAGUAUUUAUGUUGUUCAGAAUCCUGCAGGCUCCUUCAGAAUUGUUUUUUUUUUUUCAUCUAAAUUUUGUUCUCCUUUAUUCACUUCAGUCUGAUUUUUCAAGAUACUCUUUCGUUUUUCUUCCAUUUGGAUAGAUAAUUAUAUAUAUUAAAAUGUGUUUUUGCAUUUUUCUGUAAACAUAUAUUAAUAGAAAAUUUGUAUUUCUUUUUUUAUAGUCAAAAUGUUGUAGCCUUAGUGUGAAGUGUCUCACUUUAAAUGUUUUUUAUUUUAUUUCCUCUCAUUGUCAAUCUUAUUUGUAAUGUAUUCAAGAACAUUAUUAUUGUACGUAAUAACAGUUUAAUUUCUCAAUUUCAGUUUGUCUUUUCAACUGUUAUUGUUCCGUUUUAUAUUUCCCAUUUUUAUUUUUAUUUAUUAUUAUUUAUUAUUAUUAGAUGUUCACCUCUCCAUUUAUUGCCCCUUUACAUUUAUGUACAUUUUUGGAAACAAACCCUCCAAAAGAUGUCCUGAAAAAUACUUUUUUUGGUAAUAGCAGUAGUUGUUGUUGAGAUGUUUAU